GAUUUUUUUCGUGUUUCUGCAUGCGCAGUGACAAUCAACAGAGGCUUUUUCCUGUUUCUGGUAUGCUGUGUGUGUGUUCUUUUGAUUUUUUCUUUCAGCCAAACACGUGUAAUUUAUUGUUGGGAAUUUGUUUGUGAAUUUUCAUCCGAAAAUUAGAAAAACAUGACCAAAGUAAGUCGUGAUACUCUUUACGAGUGUGUCAAUGCUUUGUUGGCCUAUUCAAAAGGUGAAGAAAAUGGCAAGAAACGUAAAUUUCUUGAAACUGUUGAACUUCAAAUCGGUUUGAAGAAUUAUGAUCCACAAAAAGAUAAACGUUUCUCCGGUACAGUUAAACUUCGUAAUAUACCGCGACCGAAAUUUCGUGUAUGUGUUCUUGGUGACCAACAGCAUUGUGAUGAGGCAAAAGCGAAUGAAAUUCCUUGUAUGGAUGCUGAAGCAUUGAAAAAAAUGAACAAAAACAAAAAAUUGGUGAAAAAAUUGGCCAAACAAUAUGAUGCAUUUUUGGCAUCGGAAUCACUUAUCAAAUUGAUUCCACGUUUGUUGGGUCCCGGUUUGAAUAAGGCCGGUAAAUUUCCAUCGUUACUUUCGCAUAACGAAAACAUGAUGCAAAAAGUUGAUGAAGUAAAAGCUACCAUUAAAUUGCAGAUGAAAAAAGUUUUAUGUUUGGCUGUUGCUGUUGGUCAUGUAGAAAUGUCAGCCGAUGAAUUGGCUCAAAACAUUAAUUUGACUAUCAAUUUUUUGGUUUCGUUGUUGAAGAAAAAUUGGCAAAACAUUAAAUCAUUACAUAUAAAAUCGACUAUGGGUAAACCACAACGUCUUUAUUAAUAAAAAUUUUUUUUUCUUUGCAA